GAAGGCCAAAAUCGUAAUUUCGCAAAUAACUUAUAAAUAAAGCAGUGUUCAACAACAAUAUAAAAAUCGUCCUUACCAUUACCAACCAUAAACAAAAACAGAAGGCGAAUUCAAAGAAAGCAUAAUUAGUGUUUUGUUUCUAUCGAUCUGGUUUCUAAGAUAACGGAGGGUUGUGACUGAUUUGAUAAAAGAUUUUAGAGAUUGUAAUUGUUAGGGUUAGGGUUUUGGAAAUGUCAAGUAAAAAGGAAGAGAAAGCUCAGGCUGCACCCGACAGAAUUAAGGCUGCGGCUUUGAGUGCAGCCAAAGGUUUAAGUCGUGCUCAGGCUGAACGUGCUGCUGCUGCAGCUGCACGGAAUGUUAAUGCAUAUGGGCAGAAGGAAGAAGGGCCGAGUCGAUGGCAAGAGAAGAGAGAGGCAAAGAGGCAGAUGUAUUUGAUGAGUACUGAAAAGGCGGUAAGGUUGGGUGAGAGAAAAGAUCUUAAGAGUACAAUGUCUAGCAUUGGUGGUACAGCUUCACAGUGCCAGAAAUGUUUCCAAAGUGGACAUUGGACAUACGAGUGCAAAAAUGAGCGUGUAUACAUGUCACGACCCUCGCGGACCCAGCAGCUGAAGAAUCCUAAAUUGAAGAUGAAGGUGUCAAUCUCUUAUGAUUUGGAUAACCUGGAUGUUAAGGAAGAGAAAGCUGAAAAGAGUUCUAAGAAAAGUAAAAGGAAGUAUCGGUCUGACUCAGAUUCUGGCAGUGACAGUGAGGCUUCAGUGUUUGAGACUGAUAGUGGUUCGUCAUCUGUGACUGGUUCAGAUUAUUCGUCAGGAGAGAGUAGCUCUGCCUACAGCUCAUCAUCUGACUCAGAGGAAGAGAGGAGACGCCGAAGGAAGAAGAAGAAGCAGAAGAAGGGGCGUAGGAGGUACAGCUCAUCAUCUGAGUCAUCUGAAUCAGAUUCUGGAUCAGAAUCUGACUCUGAUGAUAGGCGUAACCGAAGGAAGAGAAGGCACGGCAAGAAGCGCUAAAUGUGGCAAUCUAGCAAGAAAUACCUAGCUACUAUAAAUUGUGCUGUGUGUUGGAUUUCUGUUCUAUAACACCGGGGAUUUCUAUCAGUGCCAUGCCAUAUGUGCAGUUUGUCUGUUGAUUAACAGUGGCUGUGGAGAUUAUAAGGAGAUACUAAGUGAUUAUGCCACAGAUUGAGGGAUUUAAAUUAAGUUUAUUAGAUGUUUUCUUCUGUUAUAUUUCUGUUCCUUUUUGCAUUGACGGUUGCAUUAUGCUGUAAUGGUAUGAAUAUUUUUGUAGCUUUUGAACAUUAACCAUGUUUUGAAUGCAUUUUUGAAGUCGAUGUGUUUACUAAA